AUGACGGCAACCCUGGAAAUCACAUGCUGUGUCAAUUUGAAGGAUUUCUCAAUGAAAGCUUCGUUGCACCGACAAAUCAACGUGAUGGGCGCCGCAUCUGUGAGUGAAGAGCAGACAGCUGCCAGGAAAGAAACCGAAAUCUGCUUCAGCCCCUCCCCGGGAAACGGAGAGGAUUCAGCCGGGUACGAAAUGUGCAUCCCGGGUCUGCACGAUGAUGACACCGAGACCGUUGAGGAGACGAUGCCGGUCGCGAAGCGGAAGGAAAAGCGGAGAAAUACGGAGAAACGGAAAGAACGGAGUCGAGAUGCAGCUCGUUCCCGACGGAGCAAGGAGGCCGAGUACUUCUCGGACUUGGCCUCGCUCUUGCCGUAUCCCGAGAGUCUCGUGGCGCACUUGGACAAGGCCUCGAUUAUGCGCUUGUCCAUCACUUACCUGAAGCUCAAGUCGUUUGUGGACUGCGCCUUGCCCGAGUCCGGCACGCCGUCGAUUAGUGACUCCCCGUGGAGCUCGCCGUUGCGACUCGGCGUCGAGAACUUCGCUCUCUGUGAUACCGGACCCGACCACGUUUCCGGGCUGGUCAGCCUCCUGUUCAUCGUGUCGUCGGACGGGGAGAUCAUCUACGUGUCGGAAAAUGUGUCUGACCAACUCGGCCUCCUGCAA